UCCAAAAUUAGCCACACCAGGCCUCCACAACCAGAUCCGAGUAACAAGGAAGGAGAGAAGAGAGGUGGGAGACAUGGAUGGCUACAGCAACCUCGCGUCGUCCCCUCCGGCGGCGGCGAGCGGGCGGCACGGGGCAAGGGUGGCGAGGCCGUCGAUGGAGCUGACCAACACCAAGGAGACCAAGGCGUGGGAGGGGCUGGCCAUCGGCGCGGUGACGCUGGCCCGGACCUUCUCCACGGGCUCCCACCGGUUCCGCAGGUCCGGCAGCGAGAGGAGGAGCCGGAGCCGGAGCGGCCUGCCCGGCGCGCUGAGGCGGGCCUUCUCCAUGCGUCGCUACCACCCGGCGGGCCCCGGCUGCGGCGCCGGGGACGGGUACUGGAGGAUCCACGACAUGGACGGGAACAUGAGCGACCGCGGCGACGACACGGUCGUCGAGGAGCACGGCGAGGACGAGGCGGCGCGCGAGGAGGCGGAGAGCAAGAAGCAGGCGGAGCAGCGGGACGAAGAUGCUGCUGCAGACACUGCGGCAGGGAAUAAGGAGGACGCCGAGGGGACGGCGACGGCGAAGAAGAAGAAGCGGGGUGGCAUCUUGAAGGCGUGCAAGAAGCUCUUCCGGUUGUAAAUACUAAAUAGUACCAAACAGGAGAGUGAUACGCCCUCUCGAUCGAGCUCCUGCUGCAAGGGUACUGGAUCCUGCAAUGUCGAGCUGCAAUGGCGUCGCGAGCUAGCUGAUGAUGCUGGUCUCGUGGUUAAUGAGCGUUGCCGCGUUCGUACUCGUUAUCGUUUAGUUUUUACUAGUUGGUCUUGUAAUCAGGAAGAGAGAACCAAAAUGAUCACCAUACAGUUACAGUA